GCUGGAGGUUAUUGAGAAAUUGCAUCAUUUUACUGAAAAAAUGAAGUACUUUCGGAUUGACACAAAUAAAACUAGGUUUACAUACCUCCUCCGCAUUUGGUAGAACAAGUUCGAGCUUGAAUUCUUGCUUGUUUGAAUAGUAAAAAAGAGGUAUUUUGGAUCUUUCGAAGGCCACCGAAAAUCACAUUUUUAAAACAAAACACUGACGCCAUUUGUAAACAGUGCUGCCGGUGUCCUAGAUAAGAGCGAUAUCACUGAAUAAGAAUUUCUAUACUGGAUUAUUGUGCAUAUCACUAUUUCAUGUAGUGUUUACAAAAUAUGAAAUCCAUUUUAAUAACCGGAUGUAACCGUGGGUUAGGGUUAGGUUUUGUUAAGGCUUUGGUGAGAGACAGAAAUCCCCCAAACCAAAUUAUUGCCACUUGCCGGAAUUUGGACAAUGCAAAGGAACUGCAAGAGAUUGCUAAUGAAAACAAAAACGUUCACAUUAUAUUAUUAGAUGUCACACAGACUGAAACAUUCCCGAACUUCGCCAGCCAGGUGGAAGAAAUCGUAAAAGACGAUGGGUUGAACGUGCUAUUCAACAAUGCAGGUUGUUCUCCAAAGUCGACCAGAAUCAACUUUGUAAACACUGAACAAUUGGUAGAUACGUAUCUUGUCAACACUGUUGCCCCCAUUCUGUUGACCAAAGCUUUAUUACCAGUACUUAAAAAGGCAUCUGAAGUAAACAAGGAUCUGCCACUAGGUAGCAGCAGAUCGGCUAUCAUAAACAUGUCAUCCAUUCUAGGAUCAAUCAGUGCAAAUGAUAAUGGAGGGUUGUAUCCUUAUAGGUGUUCCAAGGCUGCCUUAAACAUGGCAACAAAGUCACUAAGCAUCGAUCUACAAAAAGACGGCAUUCUAGUCACUGCGCUUCAUCCUGGUUGGGUGAAGACGAAUUUGGGUGGUCCUGGAGCACCAAUGGAAGUAGAGAGUAGCGUUAAGGGUUGUAUGGAAGUCAUAAGGCACCUUUCUGAAAAGCACAACGGCGCUCUGUAUCAGUGGGAUGGUAAAAAGCUAGAGUGGUAGUUCCAUAACUGGUCUCAAUAUUGUACUUAGCUAUAUGAAUGUAAAAAUUGUAUAUGAAAUAAUAAACAUUUCUGCUACUUCCUACACGCCAAACGGAUGUGACUAGUUGAUAUGAUAGCCAUACUAUGUCAUUGUCAGUUGUUGAAUUUUCUGGAUCAACAGCGAAGACAGUGCUUAAAUACAUAAAUGAGAACCACAGAUAUAUGUGUCGGAAAUUAGGCAAAAAGAUCGGCAUGAGUAGUCAUGUAAAAAACCUAUGAAACGUCAAAAAAAACCUAUAAGAUAUCUUGCAAACUUUUUAGAGCGCAGUCAUACCACGUUUGCCGACUAGGGUCGUUGUGAACGUCCAUCUAAGGAGGAAUCACUCAACUAAACUACACGCAUUAUUGGUUGCAUAUGUUUUGUGAGGCCAAAUGGUCCUUGUCUGUAGUUCUUAUCUCUGAGAAGAAAGUUGGUUGAAUAGCAAGAUCACAUC